AUGGACUUCAAGAAGGAGGAGUACCGGAAGAAGAAGCAGAAAAAGGCCAACGCGAAAAGGAUCCAGAAGAAGAAGGAGAUACGAUUGGGGGGCAUGAUCGCGGACCACGACUUUGGCAGGAAAGUGAACGAUGUCAAGAAGUAUUUGGAGAGAGGGGACGUCGUCAAGGUGGUAUUGGAGGCGAACAUAUCGCUACUCAAGCGGUCCGGGAACUGCUUGAACGUCUUGCAGGAGAAAUUCGAGGAGCAAAUGGAAGAAUACGAAGGGGUGCGUAUGUCCUGCAUUUUCUUCACUGUUGGUUUCAUUGAUGCGGCAUGACAAGACAACUCCCUCGGGCCCAGCUGAACCCACGAUACUGCCGAUCAAUCGAAAAACAUCAGGCGGCACGUCCAUACCCACCAGAAACAAAGCGAGUAACGCACGAAAGUUUGACCGGAGAAUGGUCUGUUGUUGCCCUCGAGGGUACCGUUGCUGCCAACGUCGUGGGAUUUAGAAUCCUCGGCCACCUGGCUCGAUAAACAUAGCUUGAGUUU